CGUAUCAAUAAUAGGACAUCGUAGAGACACCCAGACGGUGUAUACUUGUAGAAUAGAUCGGUUGGUUUAGCAUUAUCAGCGAUAUCAGAGAAGAUCGGAGAAGGCAAGAGAUGGGGGACGAGAGGGUGAAGACGGAGGCGUUACAGAUAAUAGGAAUGUUCCAAGUUCUUCCCCGAUUGGUCGUGUUCGAUCUCGAUUACACUCUCUGGCCAUUUUACUGUGAAUGUCGCUCCAAACGUGAGAUGCCAUCUUUGUAUCCCCAUGCCAAAGGAAUACUGUAUGCACUCAAGGAGAAAGGGAUUGAUUUGGCUAUUGCUUCAAGAUCACCAACUGCAGAUAUAGCAAAGACAUUUAUUGACAAAUUAAGCAUCAAGUCCAUGUUUGUAGCCCAGGAGAUAUUUUCCAGUUGGGCACACAAGACAGAUCACUUCCAGAAAAUUCAUUCAAGUACUGGGGUUCCCUUCGACUCAAUGCUGUUUUUUGAUGAUGAGAAUAGAAACAUCCAAGCGGUCUCAAAAAUGGGUGCAACAAGCAUUUUGGUUGACAAUGGGGUAAAUCUUGGAGCAUUGCAAGAAGGGCUUACAAAAUUCUCUGAAAAUCGGAAAACAGCGGAGAAAAACAAGCAGAAAUGGCUCACAAAGUACUCUCAAAAUCCAAACUCAUCCGAUAAGAAUGCAUAAUAAUAAUAUGAUGAUUGGCAACCCCAUCAUUUAACUUAGAUGUGUUGUUGUAUAACUUGAGGUAUGCUUUCUAUUGUUUCCAGUACUGCUGGCAUAUGCUUGUUAUAGCGUUUCCAUAAAUUUGAAUUGCUGUAGUAAUCAUAGGAGGUAUAUUCUUGUAAUAACACAAAGGUAUGCCUCACGGUGGCAAAUUGUUGUACCAAAGUCCCUUCCACCUUACACUACCUUCUAUACCAAGGAAAAUGUGUUCGGUUUGAGGCUUAAAAUACAACAGAUUGACCCGAAAUCUCUAUUCGUCAAUCCUAGUUAAUGCUUGCUAAGUUCGAACAAUGCUAA